GUCGCGGCGAAUAGAAGCGGUGCUCUGGGAUUGGCGUUCGCUUCCACGUGACACGGUGACGUACGUCACUCGUCGGCAGGCAGGGCGCUCGCCGUGGUGGCCGGCCGCGUAGCGUUGCCCUGUGUGUGUGUGCGUCGUGUGAGGAGCCUGGGGCGAUGCGAACGGGCAGCCUCAGGGCCCAGCGGCGUCGGCUUCCCCAUGUGGUCGCGUGAAUCCGUGAGCGAGCAGCGUGUUUUCGUUUCCGCUAUUUGGCGGCCAAAAGGGGGGGCCCCUGGCUUCAGUGCUGGCCGGCCGGCCCAUGAUGUCGGCCGCGGCACCGAGAGGGAGAGCCCCGCCGCAGGGGACCCCUCCGAUGAUACCCGACCUCAGUCACCUCACCGAAGAGGAGCGACGACACAUCGAGGCCGUCAUGGCACGACAGAAAGAAGAAGAAGACAAAGAAAAAGAGAUUCUCAAGAAAAAACAAGACGAGGUAAAGCUCCUAGAGACGGCCAUUGGAAAACGGAACGAGGAACAGCGCAAGUUGGGAGCCGAACUGGAGGCGACCUGCCAGAUUUGCCUCAAGACCAAAUUCGCCGACGGCAUCGGUCACAUCUGCAACUACUGCAACGUCCGCUGCUGUGCCAGAUGCGGCGGAAAGGUGACCUUACGCUCAAACAAGGUCAUUUGGGUCUGCAUCCUGUGCAGGAAGAAACAGGAGCUGCUCAUCAAGACGGGGCAGUGGAUUCACGGGUCCCAACUCUUACCGCCCGACGGCAACAGACCCAGGCUGGAACGUGCCCACUCAGCCGAGAAAGACAACUACUCCUCGCAAGGAGGUGGCCCAAACCUUCCACCCCUUGUUCGAGGAGGUUCUCUUCAGCGCAUGGGAAGCCUACAAGGAAGAGAACUCCGGCGGCAGUACUCUCAGGAACCUCAGUUGUACCAGGACCGAAGGCGAAGAUCCGUGUCUGACCAACAAGAAGAGCUGGGAUCUCGCGUGUCCCAGCAGUCACAGUCGUCGGCAGUGUCUCACCAUCGGUCCAGGGAGCCUUCCCCGUCGCGGCUCGAUGACAGGCGGUGGAGUGGUGGUGGGACGACGAAAGUUCAUCAUCUGGAUCCGGGGGACGGUAGUCGUAGCAGGGGAGGGAGUGGACGACGGAAAGUGGAGUCGGUGGUGAGGAACGACUCACUGAGUUCGGACCAGUCUGAGUGCGUGCGGCCUCCUCCGCCCAAGCCGCAUCGGCACAAGAGGGGCAAGAAGCUUCGCCAGAGGUCACUCAGUUCGUCUGACGAUGAGAUUCGGUCCACGCCUGACUGCUCCAGUUGUGAGGAACAGGAGAUUGAGAGCGAAAGCGUCAGCGAGAAAGGUGACAAUCAGUGGCGCUCCAGGCCGGGUCCAUCAGUUGGCCCGCGUUGCGAUCGGCGCGAAGACCGAGUACCGGGCGGAUCCCAAAAGAAAACGGUGCGCUUCAACCGCGAGAACGGAUCUCGGCCCGAUCCGUUCUACUGGGCUCACGACGCGCUCACCAAAGACUCUGGCAUCGAUACCAGUAGUAGUGCCACUCUCAACGAGGAAAAUAACCACUAUAAGCACCCGGUGUCGUGGAAACCGUCCGCGGACAACACGAGGAUGCUGGGCCACAUGAUCCUUCGCAAGAACUUCCAGGACGGCGGCGGCUCAAGCGCUGCCAUCCUGGGACUCAAAGUGGUCGGUGGCAAGAUCCUCGACUCCGGAAAGCUGGGGGCCCUAAUAGAAAAAGUGAAGAAAGGCAGCAUCGCGGACACAAUCGGACACCUCCGACCAGGGGACGAAGUCCUCGAGUGGAACGGGCGCUCCCUGCAAGGCAAGACGUACGAAGAGGUGUACGACAUCAUAUCAGAAUCCAGACAAGACGUGCAAGUGGAGCUCGUCGUGUCAAGGCCACUCAGCGAUGCUGGAAGAGGAGACAUAUCGGGAAAAAACAUGAGAAGGAAUGUAUCUGGUCCGCUGCCAGCCGGAGUGACGAGGAGAGAGACGACGAGAAAGCACGACUACUCUGACCGACGGCCGAGCGUGAUGGUGACGCCCGGAUCGCCAACGCUGAGCCACCGGCCCCGGCGUUCUCCCAUCCUGGGCGGGCGCAUCCAGAUCAAACUCUGGUACGAUGCUCAAAGCCUCCAGUUAGUUGUUACCAUAGUUUGCGCCGCAGAGCUUCCACCACGCACCAAUAACCAAGCCAGAAAUCCCUAUGUAAAAAUGUUCCUCCUACAAGACAGAAGUGAAAAGAGUAAAAGAAGAACAAAAACCAUUGCCAAUACGAAUGAGCCCAAGUGGAACCAGACGUUCGUGUAUUCCCCCCUGCGACGAUCUGACUUGAAACGGCGAGCGCUCGAGAUCACCGUUUGGGAUUAUGAUCGGUACGGCGCCAACGAUUUCCUUGGAGAGGUGGUCAUAGAAUUGGCAUCCGCCCCGUUGGAUGGUGAUGGCGAGUGGUAUCUACUAAGUAGCCAUGAAGAAACGUUGAGUUCGCAUUAUAAAAGUCGCAACAUGUACCUGGAUACGGAAGGCGCCGGCAGUGUCACGUCCUCUGAGCACUUGUCGCCGCCUUCCACAAUUUCGCGGCUGUCUGACAGCGACAUGUCCGAGUUCGACUACGACGAGGUCAUCCCCAUCCUUAGAGAUCGGCGGGCAAGUAGCAUGGAAGGCGCCAGCAGCAUGGGAGGCGGUGGUCGGUGCAGUCCUACGAUGGGCUUUGUAGAAAGACCUACUCGGAGGGACAUGCCUCCGUCUCAUCGGAGGCAUAGGUCGGGCUCUGUUGUGGGCUCUAGGGAGCAACAGCAGCAGAUGGGGUACAGGGCACUUUCGGGUUCCCGCUCGAUGGGGGGAAAUUCUUCCAUGAACCGUUUCAUGCAGUCCAGCUCAAGGUCGCUCUCUCCACCGGAUAUAAGGCCUAGGUCACCUCUUCAGGAUGAAGCCAUGAUGAGCGGUCGCAUGUCUCACUCGCUGGGUGGCACGCCGACGGGCACACCAACGCCCAAGAAACGGCAACUGCCCCAAAUACCUCCGGGAGGCAUGCGUCGCGGUGGCGGCAACCGGGACCAGAUGACACUCGACCUGGAAGAGCGCGCUCGACAGCUCAAGCUGCGCAUGCAGAUGCAGCAGCGACGUUCUGGAACAAUGACCCCCGUGGGAAUGUACUCGGACAGCGAAGUGAGCUCCCGGCACAUGGUAGAGCACCGUAGUGGUUUACCUCCGAGUCACCUUCAUCGAGGCCGCAUGGGGGGCCCUCGCGGAGGCGGCAGCCGCCUGGCCGCGGGCCUGGGCUUAGGGCCGGGCCCUAUGCUCAGUCCAGAAGGCGCCGAGCCCGGCACGGGGGGCGCCGAGAGCGACGGCUCCGAGACCAGCUCCGUGUCCAAGUUCAGCGUCACCAGUGCCUUUUCCACGCAGUCCGAGCGGCCGCGCGGCAGUAGGACGCUCAGCGAGUUCACGUCGCGCAUCCAAAGUUACGGGCCCGUGCAUCCGGUGCGACCGUCGUCGGGCGCCAUGCUUGGUCGCAGCAACAGCGAAGGGGGUUCGGUGCACGACGACAAGGUGGACGGCAGCCUGUCGGAUACAGCCAUCGGGUCCAUGGUGGAGAAGGCCGCUACACGCGUCUAUCCUGGUGGGGGCCCUUCCUACUCCGGCAGGCGUGCUGCUACCUCCUCCGUCUCUGGUCACAAAAAGCGGCUAGGCUUUCGGCGCAAACGUUCGUCUACCUUCAGCAUUCAUCGGAGCGAAGAGGUGGCUCCGGACGAAGUACGGCAUUUAGUCCGCCAAGCAAGUAGUGUCUCGUCUGACGGAGAGGGUAGCUUGAGUGGAGACAGUACAACGUGGGUGCCUUCACUGAGGCUAGCCCCCGAAGGAGAGUUCUCUAACUUUGUGGAGGGGCUGGGGCCGGGCCAACUCGUGGGACGGCAGGCCCUGGCCUCUCCCAGCUUGGGCGACGUCCAGAUGAGCCUCUGCGACCGCAAGGGCCGCCUCGAGGUCGAAGUCAUCCGUGCUCGCGGCCUGCAACCCAAACCCGCUGCCAAGCUGCUGCCAGGUAUCAGAUUUUCUCCAUAUGUAAAAGUAUAUCUCGUCAACGGCAGGAAGUGUAUAGCCAAAGCAAAAACAGCUACAGCACGAAGAACACUAGAUCCUCUAUACCAGCAGCAGCUGAUAUUCAAUGAGGAUUACAGGGGAUGUGUCCUUCAGGUAACGGUCUGGGGUGAUUAUGGCCGAAUGGAGAAGAAGGUGUUCAUGGGCGUGGCACAAGUGAUGUUGGACGACUUGGACUUGACCAACAUCGUGAUCGGGUGGUACAAGCUCUUCCACCCGUCCUCGCUGGUGAACGUCGCAACGGGAUCCCAGGGAAACUCUCUCGUCUCUGUCGACAGCUUCGGUUGAAAAGGGCCUCGAAGGACAUUCAUCAUCGCCAACGGGACCGAGUGCCGACUGCAUUAAGGUGCUACCCUCGCCCACCAACCGGGGAAAAAAGGAGGAGCAUCUUCCCGUACUUUCCCCCUCGUAGCUCUCCACAUACCACAAACGACCAGUGGUGGUUUUUUCAUUCAAGGAGCGUUCCUUGCAGGAAAGCAUAUGAUGUGCUUGAGGAGAAAGAUGCUCAGAAAAAAAAAAAAAAAGGAAAAAAAAAAAGAUACUGUUUAUUCAUCAGUGAGGUCAUUUACACUGAGUUCUCUUCGGUCACUGGUUCGGACUUUCUUUUUGAAUUUCUCUCUUUCUGGAGAGAAAGUGCCUGUUAUGCUCUGUGCAUACGUCUGUUUAUCACGCCGUUUUUAAGCUCUGGUCCCAUCUCAUGAGAGACUUUUACCAUUAUCCACAGUCAUGUAUGAAAAAGACAUCAUCAUCACAUCUUGAGAAGAUUCUGCUUUGUUUUCACGUCGGUGGAAACUUUGGUCUUUCGUGGCUCAUUUUGAUAAUGUUGGUUGCAGUACUGUGAAGGAUGAUGUUGAUGCUCGUUCAGUUUGCUAUAGCUACGUCCAUUAUUAUUAUUAUUCUUUUUUUCAUUGCUUUCCCCCUCAUGACAUGCACAGUAUUCACCUCACGAGGUCCUACUUUUUUGUUCCUGCGAAGGAAUCCGCCAAAGCUCUACAACAAUUUUUCUUAAUAGAUAUAAUCCUAUACUGCCUGUGUAGGACAGAUAUCUCUAGAUCACUUUUCUCUUUGACAUACUAAUGCAGCUGCACCGUGGAAACAAAAGAAAUGACAAAUUACCCACCUGAGUGCCACCCAACAAACGAGAUGUCCUUUUUUUUCAAUCUUGCUGCUGCUGUUGCUGUUACUACUAAUCUUAAAUCUACGAUUCCUACCAUUACUACCACAAAUAGUAUCGAGAUGAAGUGUAAAGCGAAUACUCCCAUCAAAUCGACUCGAAAGAAUUGCAGAAGUGAAGACCCAUCACACCACAUCUAGCCACGCUGUACCUGGGGCAGUUCCUUUCGAAAAAAAAAAAAAAAACUUUUCUCUCAUGCCUUUUGAAAUUCUUCUAGAUUCAGAUAAGACUUCAUAGCACAUGUUUGCAAGAGAAGGCAAUGCGACGUCCUGCAUGUGAACUCCCCUGUCGAUACUUGCACACCAUGUGCUUUGUGAGCAUCUUUGUAGCUGUACUCAGUGAUGCUUAAACUAUUUUCGUUCGUCGCGCACUAGAGGGGAAAAAAAAAAGACACCAUCCCAUAUCACUGCAUAGGUUGUCCAUCUUUUAUUCCACCAGUCCUAUAUCCCUGAAAGAACGAAAAGCCUACAGAAUGCUACAGCACACAACAGGGUGUACUGCUCGGACACCAAACUUGAGAUGCACCUUCCAGAUAUAUUAGAGGAAAAAAGAAAAUUAAUAUAUAAAAAAAAUUAUUUGGAAUGCUGCAUUCUGAAUUUCUAACACUGUCUUGGGUGUAACGACAUGGAGCAGUGAAUACAAAAGAAAAUCAAUCAAUCAUAAUCAAAUGCAUGUCCACAUGUCAACGGGAGGAUAUGUGGAAACAUAUGUGGAAACUCUAUUGUGGGUGCAUGAAAACAAACUAACAGAUGAGGGACCUCUGAGCUCAGGAUACAAUUAAAAUUCACAUCAUUUGUUCUUUUGCCAUUAAUUAGUUGACUGAUUAAGUAAUUGAUUGCGACACAGUUGUCUGAAAUCAGCUCCCCGUGGUUUAUCCCAUCUCAAAUCUCGAGGUGUUGCAAGAUCAUUUAUUUCGAAUAAGAAACACGCGCUGCAUAUGGCCCACCUUUAAAUACAAUAUUGAAACAACAUUUUCGAUGACGAACAAGGAAAUAUGAGCUGCAAAACUACUGACAGGCGAUUUUGGACAACCGUGUCGCGAGCAGUACACAUUAAGGUCUUCACAGUAGAUGACAAAAUCCUCAAACUUUGCUCAGAUUAAUUUCUUUUCUAGCAUAUUUAAAACUCAUAGUACCCAUUACCCAGAACAAUUGCUUAAGAUUACCUAACAGCUCAUUUGUUACACAUUGAAUGUACUGACCUAAGUAUUAUUUUAUUUUUUUCUGUAGAAAGUGAAAUUUGACUCAAAUUUCUGCGUAGACAAUAACAGGACCGCCAGCAUGAAGCUCACUCAGCUCCAUUUAUUCAGCAAAAUGGGAAAAAAUGCAGGCUUCCUCUCCCAACUUGCACAUAGACCAACAAUGUAUUUAGCUAUUUGCGUACUACAUGCACACUUUCUCAAUACCACAGGCAUAGUAGCAAGAAAGGCGGUUUGUGCCUGUUCCUGAACGACCUUUGUGAAGGCAGAUAUUCAGCUCUAUCACUGUUACAUAAGAUAAUGUUUGUUUCUAUUAUACUCCUCCCUUAAAGUGCAUGAAUUAAUCUGAAAGGUUGCCGUGACGUAGGGAUAACAGUGUUAUUAUUGCGAAACAAUUCACGCUGCAUGCAUCAUGGCUAUCUAAGGAGGCAUUGCAGGGCAUCUUUGUUUCUUGGCACGUUUCUGGUUUAAAUUGGCAGAGUAGGUAAUCUGGACAGGGUUACAAAGUUUUGAGGCAUCUGUGGGCUGGGUUGUUUCACAUGGAGUACUAGGGACACGCGCUACAAGGCUUUUCUGGCCAACGAUAGGCAGCAUGGGACACAAAGUGUAGAAUUGCCUAGUCGUUUCAAAUACAGGGUCUUACCAGCCUUUGUAGAAGGUGGGCAAUGGCCACUACUAAAUUCCAUUAAUGCUGCAGUUUCACAGAAUAUGGCUUGCAAAGUGCAGUUUUGAUUGGCUGUAACUGAUUUUGGCUGAAUGUCAUAGCAUUGAAAGGCAAAAUUAGGACAGAACAUGAGAGUGGCAAGUUAGCAGCAGCACUACACAAUUUUAAAUAGAGUUGAUGAAUAGUAUAUCCUGCAACGAAAUCUGACAGAAAUCAACAACCAUUAUCAGGAAAAGAAGCCGUUAUGGACUACAUUUUUGCUAAGAAGAAAGUUCCCUAGUAAACUCUGACACCCUGCUGCUGCUGCUCGCAACCCGCAACAAAUUUACACCUUUCACUGAUCCGCUUAUUGGGCAAGUUUUUGUCCAGGGAAGCACGUGACAUAGCACAGAGCAGAGAACAUUGCUAUAUCAUUGUUUAAAGCAGCGUUCAAAUCAACCUUACGGAUGACUCUCAGAUAACCUAUUUCACCAAUUUAAAGUACGACGUAGAUGCCAGAAAAAAACGUUUGCUCUGACCCGUUAAAUGCCGACACUGUUGAAACGCCCAUGUGGGGCUCAUGUUCUUGUUCUGUUUUACUAACGUAUUUGUGCGAGAUGCUUCCUGCAGAAGGUAGAAUCACUCAAUGGCCCACCCGUUCAAGGUUGUGACUUUUGUACUAUGAUAGUUACUGCACUGUUGGAAGGAACAAGCAAGAUUCAUAGUUUAUUUUACUGCGACGUUGUUCAUGAAGAGCCUUUCGGGCGAGGUUUUCUCUGUGGAGGGCCUCCUGGGAGAUUGUGAUAUAUGCACAUCAUAUUCAUUUUCAAUGGCUGUAAUUUACAGGUGGGCUCUUGAGUGGCAAAAAGGAAGUGAAGGAAUGUGUUAGCAACACUGCGACAUAAACUACUCCUGUUGCCAUAUUCGUGCAACGAUGAAUUUUGGCCACGUCCUGGUCUUAAGGUCACGAAUAUUGGAAAAGCACUAACAGAAAAUAUGGUGCAGAAGAGAUACUAAACUCUAAGUCAGUCUCAGGGGAAAAAAAAAAUAUGAACGCGCAAUGGCACUGUACUUCUCGUGGUUUCGUUAAUGCUUUUGUGCCCUUUGCCAUUUUAAAGUGCAGAGGUGGUGACAUCUGAAGCAACAGAUAUUGCGUUCUUCCCCCUUCCCAUUACAAGAAGGAUCUAAAUACGAAAAAAAUGCAACAGAAAUGCAGUGCCUUUUGUAUUACAUCCUAGUUCUCUGCUCAGUAUCUCAUUUCUCAAUAGUUCUAUGGUGCACAGGGAUGCUUCAAAUCCAUAUUUCAAGGCCACAUAUUUUGGCAUUAGGAUUGAACUUUAAAUUGCAAUUUUUAACAAACACGGUAUUAAUUAUUCCAUCGCAAGACUGAAACUAACUCAGAGCAUGAAUACUGGGAAGUGACAAGUCUACCUGAUCGAACGUGUUAUUACAAUAUACUUAUGUUUUUGCAAUCACGUGCCAUGAAAUGCAGGAAGAUAUAAAGUACUGAAGGAAUAGCCUGAACGAAAAAAAAACAAAAAAAACUUGAGACAUGGGUUUCGCUACCAUUGAUCAACUGUGCAACUCAGCAGCAGCAUUCAAAUUACUCUAGCAUGGUGUGCAAAUGUUGCUUCUCAUGCAAAGCAGUGCAGCAUAAUCAAAAAGAGCUUCCUUGCUUUCGACAGUUUGUUUUUACUUUUUUCAAAGAGUCGCUUCGCCUUUGCAUUGCUCUUUUUGAACCUCCCAUACCUUGUCAAAUGUAAGUAAUGUAUAUUGUCUUUGCAUAACACACACAAAACAAUAAAAAGGAAAGCUGGAA